AUUGACUGUAAAUUUUAAAAACGUUACAGAAAAUAUUUGAUUAGCAUCUAAUACGUUAUAAUAUUUAUAUCAUGAUUGAUAUUGAUAAGAAUAUCGGUGAUGUUAGAGACUUCUAUAAUGGGAAAUCAGUUUUUGUAACAGGAGGAACAGGAUUUGUAGGAAAGGUUUUGCUAGAGAAAUUAUUAAGAUCAUGUGAUUUAAAGAAUAUUUACGUACUAAUUAGAAACAAACACGGUGUAGACCCUAAUUCGAGAUUGAGAAAGGUGUUUGAUAAUAAGCUUUACGACAGAUUAAAAAAAGAAAAACCUAAUUUUUUCGAUAAAGUGAUAUGUAUUCCAGGAGAUUUCAAUUCCGAGAAUAUUGGUAUUAAUUCUGAUGAUUAUUGUAUGUUACGUAAUAAUGUAUCGGUGAUAUUUCAUAUUGGUGCAACUGUCCGAUUUGAUUUAACUUUGAAGUAAGUAAAAAUAUUUAAUUAUAUAAAAUACGUACAUUUGUUUAUAUACAAUUCUUUAAAACUAGACUCAAAAAAAUUGUAAUUAUUAUUGGUAUAUCAGUUAGAAAUCGCUAUUUCCAAUACCUUUCCUUCUAUCACACAUCGUUUAUUGUCUCUCUUUUCAAGAGUGACGAUACUGAAGU